AGCAAAAGGGUCACACCCAUAUUGUCAAAUUGCAAAAAUUAUAAAUAUGGAUAGUAAUGAAACAGGAACAACAAAUGAAAAUUCUACACAGCAAUCGAUCGCUUUACGGCGGGAAUUGCGCAGAAAGAAAAUAUUGGAGGCAUCCAAGGCACGACUGGACAAAUUGAAUGGCAGAGCGUCGGCGGCGUUUCAGAAUGAAAACCUCGAUGGUGAACCCACAAAUACGCAAUAUUCCGAUCCAGAGGUAGAGCCGGAUAUUCCAAUAAGGCGUUCAUUUUUUCCAGAACAACCUCCACCGCCGAAAAUCUCGAAACGAAAUGCAUGGCUAAAAAGCAGAGUUCAUAUAAUGCUAGCGGCUUGCUUUGGAUUUCUAUUGGCUCUUUAUACAAACAGCAGUGUUUUCAUUCCCGUUCUGCUUUUCGUGAUUGCGGAGCUGGCUUUCCUGCAAUAUUAUAAAGAAGACCAUUUACCGGCCAGCGUUGGACCCAUGUUACUUAUGUUCAUCAAUCCGAAUAUUACCAGCAAAAUUAAGCAGUUUAGCAGUAUAUUCUUUAUUCUUCAGUCACUGUUGGGUGAUCUUGCGAUAACCGUCUGCGUUGUUUGCUCAGGAAGCCUGCUCUUACUAAAUUUAAACCCCGACUAUGUUACAAUUGUUAAAUAAAGAUGAUUGCCAUGACAAUUACUUUGCAAAACCA